AUGUCGUCCCCGUACCCCUCCCUCUUCCGCUCGGAAGAGAUGAGCUUGGUACAGCUCUACAUCCCCUCGGAAGUAUCGCAUGAUACCAUCUCUGAGCUCGCAGAGAUGGGUAACUUCCAGUUCAAGGACCUCAACCCAACCGUGACCUCGUUCCAGCGCCCAUUCACCUCACGCUUGCGCCGCCUUGGCGAGAUGUCCCGCCGGAUCCGUCUUUUCCACAAUCAAAUCACGGCUGUGGUACCUCCUCUGGGUAUCCCGCCACUCUCGGCCGUCCCUCCCUUCACGACGGUCGGGCCCCGGGCCCAGAAUGCGUUCGAUGAGCUGGACGAUAAGCUCAAAGAGCACGAGCGGCGGUUGAACGAGAUGAACAAGUCGUGGGAGGAGUUGGGGAAGCGCAAGGGCGAGCUGGAGGAGAAGAAGUGGGUCUUGAGGGAGACUGCUGGUUUCUUCAACGAGGCUGAGCAUCGCCACACCGAGAUUCGCACCUCGUUCGACGAGGGCGACGAUCGCACUGCACUCCUCGAGCACGCUGCCGAGUUUGGUACCCUUCCCGGCGAGGGUAUCUCUGGCGGUUUCGACCUGGAAUUCGUCUCUGGUACGAUCGAGAGGCACCGCAUGCCCACGUUCGAGCGGAUCUUGUGGCGAGUCCUCAGGGGAAACUUGUACAUGAACUAUUCUGAAAUCGAAGAACCCUUUGUGGACCCCAUCUCCGGCAAGGAAACCUACAAGGACGUCUUUAUCAUCUUUGCGCACGGACCGGAGCUCCUCACCAAAAUUCGCAAAGUAGCCGAAUCCAUGGGCGGUACCCUCUACAAUAUCGACUCGUCCCAAGACAAGCGGGCCGACUCUCUCCGCGAGACGUCGGCGCGUCUCGAGGAUGUCGAUCAGAUCCUCUUCAACAUGAGCCAGACGCGCCGCGUCGAGCUGAGCAAGAUUGCCGAGGGGAUCGAGGCGUGGAAGGAUGCCGUCAGGCGGGAAGAGGAGAUUUACAAGACGCUCAACCUCUUAUCGUAUGACCAGGGUCGCAAGACUUUGGUGGCGGAGGGAUGGUGUCCUACCCGUGACAUUACGGCAAUCCAGCUCGGACUCCGUCGAGCGGUCGACACGGCCGGCACGUCGGUUCCUGCCAUUCUCUCGGAGCUACGCACCCACCAGACCCCGCCGACCUUCCACCGGACCGACAAGUUUACGGAGGGCUUCCAGACCAUCAUCGACUCGUACGGUAUGGCGACGUACCAAGAGGUCAACCCGGGUAUCUUUGCCGUCAUCACCUUCCCGUUCCUCUUCGCCGUCAUGUUUGGUGAUAUCGGACACGGUAUCCUCGCGUUCCUCGCGGCGUCGGUCAUGAUCCUCUACGAAAAGAAGCUUCUCAAGUCUGGCUUGGACGAGAUCACCUCUACCUUCUUCUUUGGCCGAUACAUUAUCGUUCUCAUGGGCGCCUUCUCGAUCUUUACCGGAUUCAUGUACAACGACAUCUUCUCCAAGUCGCUUUCGAUCUGGCAAUCGGGUUGGGAGUUUCCGCACGAGGCAGGAGCGGUCGUUGCCAAGGCUACCGGCAACGUCUACCCGUUCGGUCUGGACCCUGGAUGGCACGGCGCCGAGAACGGAUUGAUCUUUACCAACUCGUACAAGAUGAAGAUGUCCAUCAUCCUCGGUGUGAUCCACAUGUCAUUCGCCAUCUUCCUCCAAGUUCCCAAUCACAUUCACUUUAAAAAGCCCCUCAACAUCUACGCCGAAUUCAUCCCCCAGAUCCUCUUCAUGUGGUCCAUCUUCGGCUACCUCGUCGUCUGCAUCAUCUACAAGUGGUCCAUCGACUGGUCGCAAUCCUCGUCCGCACCCCCCGGCCUCCUCAAUAUGCUCAUCUACAUGUUCCUCUCCCCCGGAACGAUCGAGCCGGGUACUCAGCUCUACGCGGGACAAGGAUUCGUCCAGGUCGUCUUGUUGAUGAUUGCGAUGGUGUGCGUCCCGUGGAUGCUGUGUCUGAAGCCGUAUAUGCUGUGGAGGGAGCAUCAGAAGAUUGUGGGGCAGGGGUAUGGGCAGAUUGGGAGUGGUGAGGAUGCGCAGGAUGGGGAGGGCCGGCAGCCGGAGGAGGAGGAUGAGGUGGGGAAUAGCGUGGCGCCGAAUGAGGGGGGUGAGGAGCAUGGCUUUGAGAUGGGAGAUGUCAUCAUUCACCAGGUCAUCCAUACCAUCGAGUUUUGCCUGGGGUGUAUCUCCAACACCGCGUCUUAUCUGCGUCUCUGGGCUUUGUCACUCGCCCACGCCCAACUCUCUGAGGUGUUGUAUGACAUGACCAUCUCUGGCGCCUUUACGACCAAAGCCGGGCUUAUCGGUCAAUCCAUCUACAUCUUCGCCAUGUUUGCCAUGUGGUUCUUCCUCACCAUCGCGAUUCUGUGUGUCAUGGAAGGACUGUCGGCGUUCUUGCACGCACUGAGGUUGCACUGGGUCGAGGCGAACGGAAAGCAUUACAUGGCUGGCGGGUACGCGUUUACACCGCUCAGCUUUGCGAUCCCGGAGGAUGACGAGACGGCUUGA